AUGAACUCAACACUCUCUUUUCGCUGCUGCGGCAGUCGAAAUCUAUUUCGUCGCUAUGUCUCUACAACCACCUCAACCGCUAAACCCACGCCAUCACCACCCUCAUCCUCACCGACUCCCUCCACGACCAAGCGCUGGCUAGGAAUCCUCUUCGUAACAGCAGCAGCAGCAGGAGCAGGCGCCUACAUUCGCUCUUCAAGUCCGAGUUCUUCAACCCUAAACCAAGAAACCUUCACGAAAUACAGCCUGGUAUCCAGGGAACCCGUCUCAACAACAAGCAGUCUAUUCACACUCCGUCCCCGAUACCCCAGCGGAAGUAACUACGACGUCUACGAAGAUGCAUGGCGCAUCGGUGUAUGGAGUGUUAUGUUCAAGCAACCCCAAUUACAAAUCGGUCGAGAUUAUACACCCCUCCCAACCACCGCGGCCACUUCGUUGAGUGUCGACGAGGAAAAUGAUGGUUACUUGCGCUUCUUUAUUCGGAAAGAUCCUUUUGGAGAGGUUUCGAGGUAUCUGCAUAAUUUGGCGAUCGGUGCGGAUAUCGAGAUGCGUGGCCCCCAGAUUGAGUGUGUGAUUCCGGAGAAGACGAGGGAGAUUGUUUUCGUUGCUGGUGGAACUGGUAUUGCGCCGGCGUUACAGGCUGGAUACUCGCUUCUUAGUCGUGAAGAUCAGCAAAGCAAAGAUUCCGAUGCACGCCCAAGGUCCAAGAUCCAUAUUUUAUGGGCGAAUCGCUUAAAGGAGGAUUCUCUCGGUGGAGAGAGUGAUACGCCGAAGAUUGUUACCCAGCGUACAUCUUGGUUCUCCUGGUUUGGAUCUAAGAGUCCUACGCAGGUUACUCUCCCAUCUGAUACUCAGGAGAAGACUACUUCGCUUAUUGUGAAGGAGUUGGAGGCGCUCAAGUCUCAGUAUCCUGGACAAGUCAAGGUGGAUUACUAUUUAGAUGAGGAGAAUCGGUUUAUUGGGAAGAGUGAUCUUGCUGACGCGGUUCAACUCCAUUCCAGUACCAGUGAAGACUCUCGCAAUACUAAACUGAUCUUAGUAUCGGGUCCUGAGGGAUUCAUUAGCUAUAUGGCAGGUCCGAAGGUCUGGGCUCAAGGACAGGAACUUCAAGGUCCGGUUCAAGGUGUUAUUAAGGAACUGGAUCUAAAGGACUGGGGUGUUUGGAAGCUUUGA